AUGCGCCUUUCUGCGACUUAUAUUAUCGCGCUCCUCGCUGCUGUGUGGCACAUAGUCGAGGCUGUGGGCUUGAGGUCCCUGGCGCCACAGGAGUCCGGCCAGCCCCUGAGACGACUCGAACCGGGAAACCAGCCAGAGGACCAACAGCCAAAAGCUGUUCCCGAGACCGACCAAGUAGAUCCCUCCGAUGAUGUUGAAGUGAAGACAGACGAGGAAGGGGAUGACGACAUGGUCGUUAUUGACUCCGGCGAUGAUGAUGAUGCUAACGGUGACUACGAAAACGGCAGUGACUUCCUUCCGUAUGGUGAAGACGAAGACCUCGAAUCAUGA